UCCCCAUAAUAUCGGAGCCCGGAGGCUUCUGCCCUCGCCCACGGGCCCCAAAUGAUCCGCUCCUCCGAGUCUCCGAUCCAUCUUAAAAGCCCUAGCUAUUAUCCUGACCCAGAUCUCUUUCCCCGAUUGGUUCCAGGCGCGUGAAAGCCACGAUCUUUCUCGUUCGCUCUCCCUUCUCUCGAUCUCUAUCAGACGACAACUUGAUCUUACCGCGAUGGAAUUUCACAUGCCUCUUGUCUUCUGCUUUCUUAUUGCAUAUGCAUAGCUGCUUGAUCUUCAGUCUUCAUCCUUCAAAGAGUUUACAAAAAUGGCUUCAAGAAGUGCCAUCAACCAGCUUUUGAGGAAGAGGCCUCAAUUUCAAUCAUCUGUCCCACUUUUGGUUCCAUCUUUUGUGUUUAAGCAAGAUCAAGAAACUGUUGGAUCUGCUAGUGUGAAGUCACUAAGAGCAUUGGCAUUCCUUGGAGCAGGUGUCUCUGGUGUAUUGAGCUUUGCUACUAUAGCAUCUGCUGAUGAAGCUGAGCAUGGCCUACCAUGUCCUAGCUAUCCCUGGCCUCACAAAGGCAUUCUUAGUUCCUAUGACCAUGCAUCAAUUCGGCGUGGUCACCAAGUUUAUCAACAAGUUUGUGCUUCUUGCCAUUCAAUGUCUCUGAUUUCAUAUCGAGAUCUUGUUGGUGUGGCAUACACUGAAGAAGAGACAAAGAAUAUGGCUGCUGAAAUUGAGGUGGUUGAUGGGCCAAAUGAUGAAGGUGAAAUGUUUACACGCCCUGGUAAAUUAAGUGAUCGUUUCCCUCAGCCAUAUCCAAAUGAACAAGCAGCAAGGUUUGCCAAUGGAGGAGCAUAUCCUCCAGACUUGAGCCUUAUCACUAAGGCACGACACGAUGGGCAAAACUAUGUUUUUGCCCUACUCACAGGUUACCGUGAUCCUCCUGCAGGUGUUGUGAUUCGAGAAGGUCUGCACUACAACCCUUACUUCCCUGGUGGUGCAAUUGCAAUGCCCAAAAUGCUUAUCGAUGAUGCAGUCGAGUAUGAAGAUGGAACUCCGGCAACUGAAUCACAGAUGGGGAAGGACGUUGUGACAUUCUUAUCAUGGGCAGCAGAACCUGAAAUGGAAGAGAGGAAACUGGUGGGGUUCAAAUGGAUCUUCUUGUUGUCACUUGCUCUUCUCCAAGCUGCAUACUAUCGGCGACUGAGGUGGUCAGUUCUGAAGUCAAGGAAGUUGAUUGUUGAUGUUGUCAACUAAUCGACUUUUUGGUUUAUUUUAGAAUUUAUCAAUGUGGAAGAGGGAGAGGUCAAUAAUGGGUUCUUGUCAUAUAUAUUGCUUUGAGUUGAAAACAUCUUAGGCAAGGGCGAUGAUGGACGUAGAUGCCUGUAACAAUUCUUUUGGGAGUUUAAUCUACUCCACAAACCUGAUGCAUUAUUUCUCAAUUGGCGGCAGUUCAUGUUAUCUAACUUUUUAACAGAGAACAUUAUGAAACUAUGCUUGGUGAAAUAAAUUCCAUUUAGCUUUUGCUAUG